AUGGCAUCCACGACGUCCACCUACGGCGACUGCGUCUCGUCCCUGCGCACCAGCCUCUCCUUUCUCGGCAACUCUGUCGACACCCUCGGCCAGGGCGUCGCCAACUUCCCCCGCCUCACCACCGUCCUCAAGUCCGUCCGCCACUACGAGCUGAUCCCCCAGCCCGCCCUCGCCGCCGCCGAGGCCAGCCUGCGCGACGAGAUCGGCCCGGCCAUCGCGGCCCUGCUCGAGCGCGUCGACAACGAGAACGCCCGCAUCGAGCGGCGCGUCGAGGGGCUCAAGGCCCGCGCGGACCUGCAGGCCGGCCGCCUGCGCCAGGAGGAGAGGGCUGCCCAUAGCGGUGGCGGCGGCGGUGGUGCUGAUGGGGCAGGGAGCCGACACAAGAACUCGCGAGAGACGAACGCACGGCUCGAUGCCGAUGCCAAGCUGCGCGCUCGCGUGGUGCGGCAGCGCAAGGAGGCGCUCAAGUACAGUGUCGAGAGGCUGGAGCUUCAAGUGCUGCAGAAGGAGCGCGAGCUGAGGAAGCGGCUCGACCAGGCUUGA